UCCUAAUUAAACCUGCAACUGAGUCACUUAAAUCAUACAACAACAACAACAACAAUAUGGAUUCCCACGGCGGCAGCGGAAAGGCGUCUCCGUACAUGGCUCUCCCACCCGGCGACGAGAGUACAGCAACGCCCAAGAUCUACGAGCCUUCUUCUCACAGAUUCAUGACGGCGACUUCCCCCGAUCAAAAGGCCGACGAGAAGAAGACGACGACCAAGAAGAAGAAGAAGAAGAAGAAAGGUUGCUUUCUGAUGUGCUUCUCAAAUAUGGAGAUCCACAGCAAAGAAGAGCAGGAUAAGGUGCUUGAGCUGCUGGAAGACGGCAACAACAACAAGUGCUGUUUCCUCAUGUGCUUCUCCAAUCUAGGAUUGGGUUCACCGGAGGAUCCACAGGCUGUUAAGCCCACCAAAUAUUGAUCCAUAAUUAAGGAUCGACCUUAUAGUAGAACUAAUAAGUCUGUGGUGUGUAUUGUGAUGAAUCCUAGCUACCAAGAAAAUAUGCUUAUAGGCUACCUACCAGGCUUGUCUUGUGGCGAUAUUAUUAUUAUUAUUAUUAUUAUUAUUAUUAUUAUUAUUAUUUUUCACUGCAUGUUUAAUUUGUCAGCGUUAAUGUGACAAAAAUAUAAUCGACUAUAUGUAGUUGAAUAAUGUUAGCACAAGUAC